AUGUGGUCACUUUAUCGACUGGCAGCUAUAAUUCUGCCAUUAAUAUUGUUGUGGAAACUCCUCGUCAGUGCUUCUGAGGACAUACAACAUGAUGAUCCCUAUACGACCCCAUCAUGCUCUGAUACUGGGCCCAUGAAAAGAGUCGUGGGAUAUUAUCAAGACUGGAGCGAAAGUGUUUACUGCGAUUCACCAAGUCCUGAGGACAUUCCAGAUGGUGUUUACACUCACAUCAAUUUUGCCUACGCCGGCAUUGAUCUCCGGACUUUGAAGAUCAUCCCGCAUUUCAGGAAGGACACGGAAACGUAUAAACGUCUUGCAGCGAAGAAGAAAAUCGAUUCUAAUCUCAAGAUUUUUAUUACGAUCGGUGGUCCACCUGCCGAUGCGGAAGACUCGACUGCUAUUGCGUUCUCCAAGAUUCUUCGGUCCAAGAAAAACCAGAAGAUCUUUAUCAGAUCUUUGAUUUCUUUUCUGUGGACGUAUGAUUUCGAUGGUGUCGAUAUUGAUUGGAGAUAUAAUCUUAACGUGGAAGACUUCGAAGAUUAUGAUCAUCUACCAAUAUUCCUGCGGAACUUGAACGACGCUCUUAAGCAGACUAGUCGAAGUGGCCUCAGCAUUGCUCUUCCAGGUUCAGACAGGCAGAGGCUUACGCAUUAUAACAUGCCGGAGGUCGCACGGCAUGUUGACUUUAUCAAUUUCAGGACAUUUGACUUACAUGGUGUUUGGAAUGGACUCAAUGAAUGGUCACACCAGGACAGCUAUAUCUAUCCCCACACCAACCUAAACGAUGUCCAAACGAGUACAGGUGUUCUCGCUGGCAUGCUCGCGGAAGGAGGAGUCGACCUUGGGAAGAUCAACAUGGGACUCGCAUUCUACGCUCGUACUUUCACUGCCUCGGAUCCCAAUUGCUCACAUCCUCGCUCACGACUUACCUCGCUAUCUAAAUGCAAACUUGACUCAGGCGGUCCGAGCGCUGACUGUACCAACACUGUCGGUCUCAAAUCGAAUUCUGAAAUCAAGAAAAAGUACUUGGAUGAGGAACAUAAUGUCGAGCUUGAUACGAUUGACGCUGUGAAGGUUAUCAGGGAUGGUCGAGAGUGGCUUACCUAUGAUGACGAAGAAACAUGGAAACUCAAAAUUGACUUCGUUCGUCGCCAAGGAGCAUGUAUUGGUGGCGUUGUGGUUUCGGAUAUCAACCAUGAUACGAAAGCCGGAGACUUUUCGAAAAAGUUGGAGACUGUUACGAAGUAUAAGUCAAACGCCGUGUUUACUUACUUGACCUUUGACAAGAGACCCGGUGGUGGGUAUGAGUCAAGAUGGGUCGGCGAGCCCAAAAAUAAAUGGAUUUCUCGAUUGAAGAAUUUCGCCAAUCUCCUUCAGAAACCUCCUCCUGGUGGGAAAUACCAACACAACAUCACAGAUAAGGAACCACAGACACCAUCUGAGUAUGCAGAUGAAGCCGUCGAUCCACCUGCAGGUGCCAUACUUGCAGAAGGAACUGUUCGAUCCUGUGGACGUUGGCACACCGUCAAGGAAUAUGAGGACUGCGCCCGCAUUCUCGUGCCAAACAAUAUCACUCUUGCUGUCUUUGCCUACGUCAACCCAUCAGUCUCACCAACCAACUGCACAGGUAGCCUUGUUGAAGGACAUACCUACUGUGUUGGCCCAACGCACGAAGUCAUUCCCUCCAAGCAUCCAAGCCUCCCACAAUACAAAUACGGUUGUUACGCCCGGGAACUAUACACAAGGAAUUCUGUCCUGUACCACGAUUUUGAAGGUCAUCGAAGGGGAAUGACAGUCGUCAGAUGUCAACUAUCUUGUCUGUCUGAAGCAGCAGACAGGAACCCAGUUUUUGGUCUGCAAAACGGGGAUACAUGCCUUUGCGGGCCACUCCUAGCAAUGAACAGCCAGCGCGUCAACGAUUCACAAUGCGACAUGCAUUGUAACGGUGACAAGAGACCUGGCUGCGGUGGUAAACACGCUGUUCAGAUAUACAGUCACCUCGACUACCUACCCGUCAGGUCAAAGGAAAUGGGCUGUUUUACGCACGAUGAGAAAAAGCCAGUAUUAACUGGUGGUAGCUUUGAAGCAAAGGACAUGUCGGACGAUAUUUGUGGUAGCUACUGCUCAGACAAAGGGUUCAACUUCUUCGCGGUCAGUGAGGAUACCAUGUGUCUAUGCGGCGAUGCAUUGGCGAAGUCGGGUAAGAAGGUGGAUUGGGAGGAAUGUAAUCUUCAUUGUAUGGUUCGAGAGGCUCCGUGUGGCCCCUUCAAUGGGUGCGCUCAUCCUCAAUUGAGUAUGUCACACCGAAUACCAAUCGGUCCAACAGCUGGCCCUCUUCUCGACCCCUGGACCCAUGGAAUCAGCAUUAUCCGCGAUAUAUGCUCUCGCUGGUCCGAACUCGACAUUACGCAAAUCGGUUCUUUAAUCGCCAUAGCCGGUACUGUACCUACGGCAUGGCGCUUUCUCAAUGGCGCAUGGCAUGAAGUUUAUGGUACCAUCCGUCGCUUCUUCCUCGCAAGCGUCACUAUUCCCGGCGGCGAUCCUCUUAACAGAAGUGUCGUAAAAUGGGUUCUUGCAAACAGAGAACGCCACUAUCGCUCUUUUCACGGAAGAACUGAUGUUGGACAGAAUGGUGAUCGGGCUGCUGCGUUGAAAAAGACGAAGCAUUCCAUUCAAUAUUCGCCGCAUUGGAAUACGCGAUGGCUUUUCUGGGAAAGGAAUUUGUUUCUCGUUACGAGAAAGGUUAAUGAUUUUAGCUCGUCUUUGUCGGAUCCUAGUUAUGAUGGUAUCGGUGGUGAGGAAAUUACCGUGAGUUGCUUUGGAUGGUCUGCAGAACCGAUCAAGGCAUUCAUCGAAUCAUGCCGCGAGUUUUCAGAUCGACAAACGCAAUUCUUCGUUAUUAUAUAUGCCCGCGAUCGGUAUGGAUUAUCUUGGAAACCGAAAGCUCGCAAACCGAUUCGACAUUUGGAAACUGUUCACUUCGACAACGAGAUUAAGCAGGAGCUUCUCGGCGAUAUUCGGAAUUAUUUGGAUCCCAAGACGCAGAAACGGUAUCAGAGCAGGAGUAUGCCUUAUCGACGCGGUUAUCUCUUCUACGGACCUCCCGGAACUGGAAAAUCGUCGUUAUCUGUUGCUAUUGCUGGAGAAUUUGGGUUGGAUCUAUAUGAAGUCAAGAUUCCGAGCGUUGCGACGGAUGCGGAUCUUGAGCAGAUGUUUCAGGAGAUUCCACCGCGGUGUGUCGUGUUGCUGGAGGAUAUUGAUGCGGUGUGGACAGAUCGCUCGAGUCGUCCUAAUUCCGAUAAUGGGCAAGAUAACGGUUCUGCGCCAAACUGUACUCUGUCUGGCCUCUUGAACGUGUUGGAUGGCGUUGGAUCCGUGGAAGGACGAAUUAUCAUAAUGACGACAAAUCACCCCGAGCAACUCGACAGCGCUCUCGUCCGACCAGGUCGCGUGGACAUGAAAGUCCUACUAGGCAACAUCAGCCGCAAAUCAGCAGAAGAGAUGUUUGUCCGCAUGUUCUCUCCCGAUCUGGGCUGCACAUCACACGUCGACAUGGAAGAAAUCAGAGAAUUGGCUGGUGAAUUUGCCAAGGAGAUUCCAGAUGAUACGUUUACGCCUUCGCUGCUGCAGGGUUUCUUUCAACUACAUCUUGAGAGCCCGCAUGAUGCGGCUUCAAGUAUUGGGGGUUGGGUUAAGAGGGAGCUUGAGAAAAGCUCGGAAAAGGAGUUUGAGGUUAUUAAUGGACGGAGAAAGUAG